UUACCAUUAAAUAAUAUAACAUAUUCUUCGCCAGCUUCAACAAUAAACCAAUAUAUACUUGAUGAUGUAUCAACUAGUGAUUUUACUAUCGUUAUUGAUAACGAUUAUGAUGUUACUAUUUCAACAUCUGCGUCAAACGAAUCAUCAAAAAAUAAAUCAUUUCAUGUUCAUUCAAAAGUUUUGACUGAUAAUUCUGAAUACUUUAAAGCAUUGAUUAAUUCAUCAAUGAUCGAAUCACAGAGUCGUACACUUUUAUUAAAAGAUACUUCUUAUCAAACAAUGAAACCUAUUCUUGAAUUUUUAUAUACAGGCGAACUAUCGUCAAUUAAUAAUAAUGGUGAUGAUAUUAAUGAAGAAAAUAAUGGUAAAGAUGGUGAUAGUGGUAAAUAUGAAGAAGAACAAUGGAUUGAUUUAUUAUAUGCGGCAACAAGAUUUUUAAUUAAGCCAUUGAUUCAACGAUGUGAAAAGGAACUUGGCAAUUUUGUUACCAUGGAAAACGUUGACGAAUUUGAACUUCUUGCUAACGAAUGUGGUUCAGAUCAAUUAUUAACUUAUUGUAAAUUACUUUUUCUUAAAUCACCAGACGAUGUUUAUCUUAAUGAUAAGCUUUCUUUUGAAACUAGUUAUUAUUUUUCUAAUAAUCAUUGUUAUGAUAGUUAUGACGAUGACAAUAAGGUGUUGGAUAGAAAAGAAACUGUGGAAAAAGCAAAGUAG